UCUGUUUUUAAACGUGUCGUUUUCCUGGAAAGAGGAAACAUGAAGUUCACAGUUCUAAAAGUGUUUGUCUGUCAGCACUGACGAAUGUGCGCAACCGGAAGAACUGUGACUGUUUUUUUAAAUCUCUGUUUGUGUUUAUUACGCGACUUUUUACUUGUGGAGAGAAGAAGAAAAGUUUUUGUUUUCACCAGGUAACUUUAUGCUGUUUUCAAGCUUCAUUGUCAGAAGAAUGUCCUCCGCUCUUUCUCGUCAUGUCCUCUGGGAGUCUGAGGGGCUGGUGGCCUACCUCAACCCACGGCCCUGGACCCCAGGCUCCAGUAUCCUGGAGAGCUUGAACCCUGGCAGCCCAGGAGGAAGCAUCUUCCACCUGCAGGAGCCUGAGUACUUGUCCUGGCUGCUGGGGGCGAGAGCCGUGUCGGAGCUGCUGUGUGAGAGGUUGGGGGUUCGUAGGUGUGCGCUCGUCAGCAGACCCCACAGAGACAGACCUGCCCAGAUUCGUGUCCUCCCCUUACAUGGUCUGGAUGCACAGUGGCGCCCUCACCUGGCGGGAGAGGAGGAGCACAACGCCCAGGACCCGGGGUACUGCACGUCCAAGACAGCCCCCAGAUGGAGCGACUCAAGCCUGACUGAAAUCCAAACCAAGAUUCGAGCCAAACUUCCGUCUCCCAACGCUGCUCCCAACCUGACUUUCCUCGGGGACGACCCGGCUCACCCCGGGCUGUUCUCUCGCAUUGUGCGUGGGGAGGAGCAGCAGUGGCGUGUGUGGGAGGACGAGGGUCAUGUGGCCUUUCUCACGCCUUUCCCCAAUUCCCCCGGACUCACUGUGCUGGUCCCACGCCGACCUCUGACCUCGGACAUAUUCAGAUUAGAAAAACCUGAUUAUGAAGGAUUGGUGCUGGCGACUAAGAAGGUGUCCCGCCUUCUCGAGGAGGGGCUGGGUGCCUCUGGGGUGGGGCUUAUUUUCGAGGGUUUUGAGAUUGACUACGCACAUGCCAAGUUGAUACCAUUGUUUCCACCUUCAUCAUCAAGGGCAGGAAGUGACAUCACUAAACCUGGAGCGCCCCAGUUUUACCCCACCUACCCUGGAUAUGUGAGCUCAGAAGAUGGACCUGAAGCCGGCCUGGAGAGUCUGACGGAGAUACACACCAAACUGACUCAGAUUAUUAAUUUAUUCGUGAUUGGUGAAUCGAUUCCUACACCUUGACAUCUUGGGGAUUCUCGGACAGACUCCGCCUGCAGCACCU